UCCUCUGCUGGGCUGGACUCUUCCUUAGCAGGUCAGGUGUACAUUUGCCAGAAAAUAUCAAGGGACAGCUUCUCUACUGGAAAUGACCACCACUCAUACAUGGAAAUUAAAACGCUAUGGGCGCUUCAUCCCUGGUUCCAGAGGGACAGGAGUAACACCAUGGAAGGUUCUUGAGGCAAAGGACAAUAAACCUGAAAUUGUCCUCACAAUUGUGGAAUCUGGAUACUUGCUGGUUUUGCAGGGACAGGAAAGCUUGGAUACAAUUCCUUUGCUGUGUGGCUCAGAUUCUCUUAAAGUGCACCAGAAAUCUGAUAAUCUGAGGUUUCGAUUUAUUGUGAAAGGAGAGAGCCGCAUGAUAAGGAUGCAGUUUGAUGGACGUAGCAUGGCAGAGGCUAUAAAUGAGUGCUCAAGUGCUGUGGAAAAACUGAUGGAGUACAUACCUGUCACCACUCAGGAUGGCGCCCCACCACAACCUAAUCAGCCCCCUGCUGCGGUCCCUGCACCAGCAGUACAGCAGACUUGUCAGCAAAAAGCUGUGGGAAUUGAACCUGAGGUUGUCCAAGGAACUGUGUCCAUCAAGCAUCUUACCCAGCACUUCUUGGGAGACACUGCUGUGACUCUACCUCGAGUAUAUCAACACAGUUCUUUUGAACAAGGGGACUUCGAGCAUAUCCUGCGUGCUUGUCUGCUGGAUCCCACCUUUUAUGGACUUGUAGAGAAGGUGGAAGGGGAGCUGAGGAAACUGGUUCAAGAGUAAAGAAUCUUAACAAUAGCUGAAGGCAGAAAGGUCAGGUUUGUGUAGGCAGUGCCUGUUGGUGGAGGAGUGUUUUUUUUGCUUUGGUGCCAGUGUUCUUUGAAAUUAGUCGUUAUGUUGCAUGGCCCAAAGAGGAUGAUUUGAAUAUCAUUAAUUUUUGGUGGUUAAAGGACUUACAAAAUGAACAAGAAAUCAUUUUUACGUUUUUUUAUUUAAAAAAAACAAAACAAAAAAACUAUUGGUCUCACUUAUAUGUUUGAUCGUGGCUAUGUACUCUGGUCCCUCGUUCCCACCUUAAUGCAGGUCCAUUUCCACCGCACCACACAUGGAUACAUUGUAUUGAAAGAGGAGUCAUGCAGCUACAGCAGUGAAUUUGGCUAUGCCAGCUUCCAAGUGAUCCCACAAUAUUAAAGCUUCACUGAGUAAAACAAACUGCCCUCCAUAUAUCUAUUUAAGAAUACAUAUUGCAUAGGAUUAUAGCCAUGCUAUACAGUUAAAGAGAGGAAAAAAUAAAAAUCAUUUAAUGAAAUCGGGAAUUAUAAAAAAAAUAUUUUUUACACCUUUCCUAUCAUUUGAACACUCAUACUUCAACAUAUACAAGACACCUAAGUUACUCUGGAAAGAAAAUAAAAAUAAUACGUAUAUUAUUUUUGUUAAGAUAGUUAAACACACAGUAGUCAUUUUCUGUAAGCACUCGCAAUUAAAUUUAAAUACUGCCAGUCAUUGAAGUCAUUGCUUCAGUCAUUGAAGCCCUUGCUUCACAAUAAAAGUUCUGUUAAAAGUAGACAUCUUGUCACAAAUCAAAUAUACUUAAAUGAUCAUGAUAUGCUGUACAAAUUUUCAAGAAUAAAACAUUUG